AUGCGCUGGCAAGAAUCGUGCUGUGGUUCCUUACAUAAUGGAUUCGCAAUGGAAAUCACAUUUUCUGCAAACAUCGAUCAUAGCUGCAUGUUAUGUCAUAAAUACUCCAACAUCCAGCAUCUUUUUUUUAAGGAGAAGCAGAGGACAAUGGAUACGCUUCCUCAUUUUGCACUAGUUUCCAGUGCCUACAAUCUGAGACAGAUGCCGGAGGCCGUUAGUAUCGGAGCUCAUUUUGUGCGAGAUCUCGUACGUACCUCUAACGCUUCCGACUAUGCCAGAACUCUUGUUUACAUAGAAAGUCUAUGUGACAAUAACGAAGCGCCCAAGUCGUCAUUUGCUUUUUCAUUAGAUGCAUCGCUUGCUGAUGUUCUCCAGAAGCCGCAUCUCUGUUGUGCUAGAACACCUGUAUUGCACCCGACAUUUAUUACUUGCAGCUAG